GCCGGAUCAAUUCUAGAUUCAACCCGUAUCCGACCCGUUGACCGAAUUGACACCCCUGUAUUUAACAACAAAAUCAGAUAUACCACAACAGAAUCGCGAUUCUCUUCUCAAAAUAAUAUAGAUAGAAAUGGGGAUAACUGUAUCGAAGAAGGUGGAAAAAACCCUAAUCUCUUCCCCAAACUUCACCGAGGCAUGCGAACUCGUCUACAACGACUGCCUCGCCGAGUCCCAGCACGCCUUCGCGGGUGUUAAACCCUACCAGCUCGCCGGCGCCGCCGCCCGCCUCCACGAGACGCUCUCCCGCUCCCUUCCCUUCAUCCGACGCUGGGUCCAAUCGCCGCCGCCGCGCGAAAAGGUCGACGCAGCGUUUCGCAGCGUAAUAACUGGUUCCUCCGCGGACGAACUGUUGCUGCCGGAGUUCAAGGCCUUCGCGACCGAGCUCUUCCGUGACGCCGUCAUCGCCGGUGCCGGCGGAGCGGUGGCGCGUGGGAUUGAGAUUGGGAUGGUGGGGAUUGCAGGGGCGGGGAUAGUGAGCAGGACAGGGGUGGGGAUUGUGAUGAAGGUGAUGGGGAUUUAUUCAGUGGGGAUUGCUGCUGCUGUUUACUUCAGCUUGGGGUGAGGAUUUGGAUGGUUGCUAUUGGGUAAUGGAUCUUCAUGAAUUUGUUUGUGGAGCUUUUUACCCAUGAAAUUACUCAGGAUAAUUAUAUCCAUGUUCAAGAAUUGCAAAGUUGUUUGUAAUGGAUCUGCAAGGUUAGUUAUUCUCAUUGUAUAAUUUAUGCGGUGAA